AUUAUUAUUAUUAUUAUUUCUUUUUUAUGUAGAUGUGCAGGAUUAUUGAUGGAUUUCCAAAUGGAACCAGAACUCUUGACAAAGUCUUUGCAGCUGCAAGUGUAUAUUAUAAUUACUCUGGUACUCAACAAUGCUUUGAUUUUGCAAGUGAUUCCCUUGGCUUCAGUGGAUGGGAUUGGCAGGCAUGCACAGAGAUGGUGGAGCCGUUGAGUUGCUCCAAUGAGAGCAUGUUCCCUCCAUACGCCUUUGACUACAAACAACGAGAAGCAGAUUGCAAAGACCAAUUUGGUGUUCAACCACGACCACAUUGGAUCACAACCGAGUUUGGUGGCUAUAAAAUUGAAAAAGUUCUAAAGAGAUUUGGAAGCAAUAUUAUAUUUUCUAAUGGAAUGAGAGAUCCUUGGAGCCAAGGAGGAGUACUCAAGAAUAUAUCAUCAAGUAUAGUAGCUCUUGUCACCGAAAAAGGAGCUCAUGUGUUGGAUCUUUAUGAGGCAAUGAAAAAUGACCCAAAAUGGUUAAUCGAACAGAGAGAAAAAGAAAUCGAGAUUAUAAAAAAUUGGAUUAAUCAGUAUUAUAUAUGAAGUGUUUUAAUCAGUACUAUAUAUGAAGACAUAUGAAGGAUAAUUUAUCAUAAGAAAAAUCUUAUACAUCCAUGGUUUUAUAAGGUGAAAUGUGAUUGUUAUCUUUAUUUUA